AAUUUGGCGGCGGCGGCGGUUGCGGCGGUUGGGACGGUUGAGGCGGCGGGACCCGGAUGGCGCCGUCGCGGAAGAGGGGCACCCGGGGGGGCUCCAGGAGGGCCUCGCUGCGCAGCAAGAAGGCCGAGGCCAUCCUCAAGGACUUCGCCCGGAAGUCGAGGCCCGCAAAAAGAACAUGCUAUCAGAGUGUGAGAGCCUUUUGAAGGAGAUCGACAACAUUUACAACCUGGAACUUCUCCGCUUGCCUGCAGCUCUGCAUGAGAUGAACUGGGUCACCUAUGUUCUGGGAGGAGGUGAAAAGGCCCUGGAGAAGGCCGCCAUGGUGGAUUUGGACAUCCUGGAGAUUACCAAACGGGCAACAGAAGCCAUUCAGACACCCGUGAAAACCGUCCGGAAAGGUAAAAAGGUCAAACAGGCUAUUGAAACCAUUGAAGAAGAGGCCGGGCAGCCCAUUCUGCCCAAGGGAAAGCGAUCCAGACCGGGGAAUGAUGCUGCUGGAGCUCCGGAGGCCAGCGUCCAGAAACUAGGGAAGGCAAAGACCUCCACCAGAAAGGCCCCGGGUUCCAAGAGGAGCAGGCCUCCCACGGCCAGGUCUACGCGUCUAAGCCGGAGGUCCAGCAAAGUCCAAUUUGUCACUCCGUCAGUCAGCCAGACGGCCCACUCGGCUGCUCACAAGGGCGCUACCCCUCUACUCACCCCGAAGUUUGAUUCCAGUGUCUUCAAAACGCCUGGCCUGCGUGCCCCCACAGCGCAAGAGCGGGUCUUCAGCAUCUCUGUGAACGGCAGCCCCCUUGCAGCCACCAAGGAUGUCUUCAUCACUGUCCCUGCUGAGGGAGGGGAGAGCAUCUGCUUAAAAGCCAGUGAGCUUUCCAGACAGGACCUGCUGCGCUUGAAUCCGGACACCCUGGGGAGCGUGAAGAAGCUGUCGGUGCAGCUGGCCAGCCUGUGCGGCACCCUCAAGAGCAGCAAGUGAGACCUGCCUUGCCUGGGUGGGGGGCCUGCUUCUCCUGGGACCACAGCCCGCCUGCCCGGGCUCUGCUUUUCUUUCUGUUUUUUUCAAAAUUGUAAUGUACAAUUGUUCAAGGAGACAUGCUCCUUGCUGCCGUUUGUUUUCUCGCGGGUGUGGGAGGGGGCACCUUGUGUUCCGUGGGGGAGGCAGCGACAGCUUCCCCGCCUGCCUUUGGGGUUUGCCUCCACUGGGCCAGAUCCAGCACUUUCGCUGAGCCCACUCUUCCUGCAGUUCUGGGUUCUUCCUGAAUUGGGCCCCCAGCUGCAAGGAAGGGGGGCUCUUCCCCCCCCCCUUGCCUGUUUUUAGCUGACAGCUGCAUCCGUGUUUGACCUGUUGCUUUUGGGUUCAAGUGCUGCCCCACACGGUUUGUGACUCUACAUUUUGUAAGUUUUGCAUUAAAGUUGCAGUUCAGCUCCCAGGAGACAGGAGAGACCCUUCUCUGCUUGAGCUGCUGCCGCUGCUGAGCCAGGGGGGACGAUGUGCUGAGGCCACAGCAACUGGCCCUUCUCCGGGGGCUGCCGCUGGAGCCAGUCAGAUGACGGGAGACCUCUCCAGCCCAGCCCUGGCUCCACUGGGGGGGGGGGUGUUGAACCUCUGCUGCUCUCUCAGAGCGGGCCGGUGGGGCUCCUCGUCUCCUGCCUCCCCUGCAGCCACAAGAGGCCAAGGCCUGGGAACAGGGGAGCUGCCCACAGCAUAGUCAGGCACUCCGUGCUCAUCACAAUAUAUUUCUGUGUUGUUUUAGAAAGAAGUGUCAACAGUUCAACUGCAGAACUGAUGGUUUUAGUAAAUAAAGUAUACAAAAAUA